GCUGACGCAGCGGGGACCCGGGGGCGGCCCCUAAGGGCCGGUGCCCGCCGCCCCACGCGCACUCGGCCGGGCUGCGCCGCUACGCACCGACCCAUGGGCCCGGCGCUGCUGCCCGCCGCGCUGCUGGCGCUGGCGCUGAGCCCGGGGACCGCCGCCGCGCUGCCCUGCGCCGCCGCCUGCCCCGCGGGUACCUACGCGGUGGGCGCGGCGAGCUGCGGGCGGGCCGCGGGCUGCCGGCAGUGCCCGGCCGGCACCUUCUCCAGCGUGGCGGGACGGCGCGGCUGCACGCUCUGUCGGAAGUGCGAAGGACGGUUCCAGUAUUUAAAGGAAUGUUCCUCCACCAGCGACGCGGAGUGCACCUGCCAGGAGGGCUACCGCUGCGGCGGCGCCGGCUGCGCCCGCUGCGACCCGGGCUGCGGCGCGGGCAGGGAGAGCGGCGGGAGCGGUUGCCAGGCUUGCCCCUACGGAACUUUUAACGAUCAGCCCAGUGGCUCCUGUAAAAACUGGACAAAGUGCUCUGCAAACGAGGUCCUGGUGCCUGGAACUGCAGAAAAAGAUGUCAUUUGCAAACACUCUUCAGAUAAUCCUACUUCAGUCACUACCCUGCCUACCACACCUCCUGCAAUUCCAUUUUCUAUCCCUGUGGCAGGGAAGGACAUCCAGAUGGACAUGCUCAGAAUUUCUCUUGCUGUAGCUGGGCUGCUGUGUGUAGUGUUCCUGCUACCGUUGUGUGUAUGCUUCAGUAUCUGGCAGAAAAAGAAACUACACGCCAUCUUCAAGAAAAUGCAUACCACACCUGAACAGUCAAUGCAGGAAGAUGAUGCCUGCAGCUGCCGCUUUCCUGAGGAAGAACAAGGUGAAUAUCAGGACCAUGGCAAAUCCACAGAAUGCAGAGAUCUUUUGGUGAACUAGGAAUUGGACUGUCCAGGUCAACCAUGUAUGAAUUUCCUUCUGGAAUACAGAACAAGAACCUCUUUACAGAAAUAGAGAAGGUAUCAGAAUCUAUGAAUUUUGGAGCACUAAAUAGCUCAGCCACUUUUCCAUCUCUUAAAAAAAAUAAUAAAAA